CGGUGCCUCUCGCCCCGGCGCAGGCGCCGCCGUGGGCCCGCGGCGGAGGGCAGAUCGCCCCGGGACGGCGGCUCCAUGCGCUGCCAGGUCUCGGUGCUGUAUUUCGCCCGGAGCGCGGAGCUGGCGGGGCUGCGCUGCGAGACCCUCUCGGUGCCGCGGGAGAUCACCUCUCUGCAGCUCUGGGAGGAGAUCGUCAAGGUCCAUCCCAGGCUUGCUCUCAUCCGGGAUCAAGUGGUGUUUGCUGUUCGGCAGGAGUACGUGCUUCUUGGAGAUCAGCUCCUGGUCCUGCAGCCUGGAGACGAGGUUGCCAUCAUCCCACCAAUUAGUGGAGGCUGAACCUGCCCAGGUUCUGUUAGGUCUGAAGAUGUGAUUGCAAUUCUCUCCCUCCACCCCAGUACUCUUUUGAGAAAACCCAACCUGUGUUUCCAUCUGUUUUUCUAUUGUGCUAUGGAAGAAAACGAAGAUGUGCCAAAAGAUUUUAUCAAGCUCAAGUCUGAAAAGCUCUCUGUAGAUGAAGUGUCAGAGCUGGUUGUUUCACCAUACUGUGGGGCAGUGUCUCUGUUCAUUGGUACUACAAGAAAUAAUUUUGAAGGAAAAAAAGUGAUUCACUUGGAAUAUGAAGCAUAUACUUCAAUGGCAGAGACUGAAAUAAAGAAAAUCUGCAGAGAUGUUAGACAGAAAUGGCCUUCAGUCAAACAUAUUGCAGUGCACCACAGGCUUGGUGUGGUUCCAAUAACUGAAGCAAGUGUAAUUAUUGCAGUCUCCUCGCCGCACAGAGCAGAGUCCCUUGAAGCUGUAAUGUACUGCAUCAAUACCUUAAAAGCAUCUGUCCCUAUAUGGAAAAAGGAGAUUUAUGAGGAUGAAUAUUCUUGGAAAGAAAACAAGGAAUGCUUUUGGGCAAAUUCAGAAAAAUAAUUGUACUCUUUUGAAAAUAAAGUGCUACUCUUCCUAAUGAA